AUGAAGGUGAAUAGUAACGUGAAUUCUGUGAUAGCGAAGAAGCUAUGGAAUGUUUUGAGGAUCACUUUCUUUAUGAUAAGGAAAGGAUUGGUGUCGAAGAGGAAGUUGAUUAUGGACAUGAAUUUGAUGAUGAAAAGAGGGAAACUUUUGAGGAAGUCUUUCAGUAAUCUCAUUUCUCUUCAUCAUCAUCAUCAUGAUCAUCGCCAUUCUAGACACAUUUCUAGGCACACGACAAGUGGUAGCUAUGGCGUACAGGAGUACGAGUUCUCUUGCAGCAACAGCCCUAAUCCUGUUUUUUCCCACUUGUCAAAACGCAAACACCAUUACUUUCCUUGCAUCAACCCUCCCGAGGUUUUUGAAGAAGAAGAAGAAGGAGUCUUUGAAGGUGAGCCCAAGGCAGUCAUUUUGAUGCCCAGAACCCCUGAGUACACGUUCAACUUCCGAUUUGACGCCACCGAUUUAGCCCCCGGAGAGAAGCGUAGCCCGGUUCCCUCCCCUUUCAAUGUAAGAAUCUCAAAUUACUCAUCAGAAGAAGAGAAUGAAAUUGCUGGAAAUGACAAGGUUGAUGAUGAAGCUGAGGAGUUCAUCAGAAGGUUUUAUGAACAAUUAAGGAAACAAAGCCAUAUGCAGCUAUUGCAGUAA